AUGGGCGGAUCCAACCACAAUCAGAAUCUCAACGGCAAGGCAUCGGGAGCUUCCUCCGUGUUUUGCAAGCGAAAGCCAGCGUUCAAGAUCCGAGUGGACGGUCUCAAGAAGCGUGGGAUUCCCUCCAACAGCAGCAGUAGUACUUCCGCCAAGCCCAAGAAGAGCGUCCGUAUCGCCGAGAACCGAAACACGGUCCUCUUUCGUCAUGUACUCGAGAGUGAGCUCAAGCAGACAUGGUACGAGACCAAGGACUAUUGCGACUUUAAACGAGACAGCAAGGGGACAUUGAAUGCCUUGCACAUGGCUCAGGGACAGCUCUGCUUGCUGAAUCCCCAACAACACUGUAUUCGCGGAUUGGAAGCUCAUGUAUCAGCGCACAUCUUGGCGUUGCGCAAGACACGGAUCCGAUCCAGCGUACAGGUCGUCCUCGAUCAACAGAAUGUGCAACGAUAUCAUGGAGUGAAGGAUCCCAACGUGGUUGCUGCUGUUUCCAGAAUGUUCUCCAAACAAUCACGGCAACAUGCAUUAUCCAUGGGGGCUCUAGAUACCACCCUACGAGGAUAUUGA